AUAUGGCUACUUUUGAAACAAUGAAAUUUUUUGAAAAUACUAAAACUAUUCAUUAAAUAGCAUUGGAAUAUUUUAAGAAUGAAUCUAUUUAAUUCUUAGGUAAUAAAUAUUGUAUAAAAAAUCAUAGGCAAUUUAAUGAAAACAUGGGAAUAAUCAUUUGAGAAUUAAAAUGGAAUGUGCAAAGAUAAUUUAGAAUUUUGUUAGACCAUUGAAAAAUUAUCAGAUGAGACUAAAAAAAUUGAAGUUUCUCUUAAUUCAACCCCACAAUUUAAAAAAUACUCUCUAAAAAAGACAGAAGUCUAAUUCUUAAAGGAUUCGAAUUGA